AUGAAUGUAAAGUUGAUGAUCACUAUUAUUGGUCCAAUAUCAAAAACACAGGAGAAGUCAUCUAAUCAAGUCGAUGAACAAGAAUGGGUUAAAUUUCAAAAACUUAUAAGUAAAGAGACUCAAUUAAGUCAUCAAAUAGCUGAUGCAGAUGAAGAAGAAUUACAAAAAGAUAGAGAUGAGAUGCAAGAAAGGUUUUAUAAAGGCUAG